AUGAGCACUUCCCAUCAACAGGUUGUGCCACUUCCCGCCCAUGCCGCAUCCGUAUCGACCACCACAUCAGCUCCCUCCCAGAAGCAUGCCCGUGCAGCCUAUCCCGACAUGUUAGGUUCGCCCCCGGUCCCUCCGCCGAGGACCUCGUCAACACACCACAGCCGGCGCAGCCCGAACGGAGAGAAAAGCAGCUCACGACACGGCAAGAGCAGAUCCGAUCGAAAAGAAAACCGCUCCCGCACACGGGAAGACCGAAAUGGCCGUUCAAGGCGCCAUCCGGAGGAGACAUCCCGCGAAGUGCAGCAACCCAAGACAGUACCCGUCGCAGCCCCGUCGGACUCGGAAGUCGAAGGUGUUUCUGAUCAAGGAAACUUGGUUAGAGAGCCAAGCGCAGUCAUCAAUUCAAUGUUUGCCAGUGAUCCGAUCGUCGAUCAAGAACGGGAGCAGGUGCGACAAGCCGAAGUGGAAAAUGCCGCGUCUGGUUUCGCUGGCAGUGACGGCACCGAAGAGGCUCGCGGACCUCGGAGUCGUCACGAUUACGCCAACAAUGGAAACGUGGUUAAACGUAAAGAAACCACGUUUGGCUCCUACAUCCUCGGCCAAACCCUCGGAGAGGGAGAGUUCGGAAAGGUCAAAUUGGGUUGGAAGCGCGACGGCAGUAUCCAAGUGGCCAUCAAGCUCAUCCGAAGAGACACUUUGGGACACAACCCCAGCAGAUUACCGAAGAUCUACCGCGAGAUUGCCAUUCUGCGCGAGCUGGCUCAUCCCAACAUUGUGCGCCUUCACGAAAUGGUGGAAACGGAUCGCCAUAUCGGUAUCAUUAUGGAAUACGCCUCGGGAGGUGAACUAUUCGACUAUAUUCUGAACAACCGAUAUCUCAAGGACAACUCCGCACGCCGGCUCUUUGCUCAGCUGGUUUCCGGAGUUGGAUAUCUGCACAAGAAGGGAAUCGUACACCGCGAUCUCAAGCUCGAGAACCUACUGCUUGAUCGCAAUCGCAACAUCAUCAUCACAGAUUUUGGAUUCGCCAAUACCUUCGACCCGGUUGACCCGCUCGACGAGGAAAUUGAAUACAACCUGACCAAUAAAGAAUAUGUGAAGCGAAAGCGACUCGACAAGACUGGUCCCAAUGGUUUACGACGGGGUGAUCUGAUGCAGACAAGCUGUGGUAGUCCCUGUUAUGCGGCUCCGGAGCUUGUGGUGAGCGAUUCAUUGUACACAGGACGGAAAGUUGAUGUUUGGAGUUGUGGUGUGAUUUUGUAUGCUAUGCUGGCUGGAUAUCUUCCCUUCGACGAUGACCCAGCAAACCCAGAUGGCGAUAACAUCAACCUUCUCUACAAAUAUAUUGUCACCACUCCUCUCACAUUCCCCGAAUAUGUCACACCCCACGCGCGUGAUCUAUUAAGGCGAAUACUCGUGCCUGAUCCUCGGAAACGUGCAGACCUGUUCGAAGUUGCCCGACACAGCUGGUUAAGCGAAUUCUCACACAUUGUGUCUCAUAUCACAAGCAGCACAACCAACGUCGUGGAUAUUGCCAACACAACGAUCCCAGCUGAAGCACAAAAGGAAGCACCUCCUCUCAUCCGAAGUGCCUCCGUACGUGAACCACCAAAGACAGCACAAAGUAACGUUCCGCCUGUCGGUGGCCUCAGUCAUCAUGCAGGAGAUGUUUCUCAAGAACCGCCAACCGAAAAGUCCCGCACUCCCCGUGACGCCAAGCGCAGGACGGUACAAGUCGAGUACGUUGCGCCUCAGUCACAAACAACUCGCGGCGAACCCCCGGCGGAGAAACCCCCAUCGCGCAGCAGGAUCCCCGUUCCUUCAGAGGCCCACAACGCUGCCUCCGCGCAGGCAUAUGCAGAGCCCUCGCACAGACCCACAGAAGCGCCAGCCCUCAACCUCAACAAGCCGCUGCCUGGUCACUUCCCGCGCUCUACCUCAGACAAUGCAGCUCUUACUGGGUCUCACACGGCCGCAAUCCCUCAGGGCACCCGGCCGGCCACUGGUGGCUCCAUGAACUCCUUCGGCAACACUGGUCGGCUGCCAUCUCGUGGUUCAUAUGGCCAGCCUGUGGCUCCUACUGUUACCGCAACCAACACCCAGGGGAGCUUGGCUCAGCCAAAGAGCAGACAGUUUGCCCUUGCACAGGAGCCAAUACACGCAAACACCUCGUCUGUCAGCCGCCCCAGCACUCAAAACCAGCAAUUGCCGCCUGUGUUCAACACAACGCCGCGACAGGAGCCACCAAAGGGUCACAAGAGGUCCAACACUGUGUCUAGCCUGAGCGACAAACUUUUCGGGCGUUCUACUUCCAUUCUCGGUGGCCGCGGGUCACAGCCCAAUGCGCCUCGAAACAAUAAAGAUAAACGUUAUCCUCCGGUUAGCAUGAAGGAGCCGCUUGGAAGGGAGAACUCAAGAAUGUCUGUUGAUUCUCGUCGUUCUAUGCAAACUCAUAACCGCAAGGCCAGCGAAGCCGGCGCGGAGAAUCGCCCUCGUCGAUUCUCGCUUUUGCCGCAAUCCUUCUCUUUCCGAGGAUUCGGCACCGCUCGCGCUCAGACUCCGGAGGAAGCACAGCCGGCCCCUCACCCAGUCGACCCCCGAGCUCCACAGCGCCCAGCAACAGGCCCUGCGGGCCCCGCGCAGGUUGAGAGCCAAAGCCGCCCUCGCGCGACAAGCUACAGCACGCAGGAUGCCAUGGGUAUGGUCAGCGAGCGACCCGCAGAGAAUGGUCGCCAUGAACCCGAGCCUCUUAGCUACGAAGCUCAAAUCGAUCAACAAUUUGCCGACCUAGGGACCCAUUUCGACCACACUAAUGAUUCCUCAUAUGGUUUGCCCUCGGCCGAGCAAGUUUAUCAGAACUCUGCAGACCAAUACUCCAACCACAACCAAAGCCAGGGAUCAAAACCCAGCUACUACGACGACUACAACUAUGACAGUGUGCCUAGGCAGUCUAUGCAGGUCGGUCGAUCAAACCGUGGACCGGGAGUCUUGCAAAAGAACCACCGCAAGUUUGCAGAUGCCUACGAGUACGAGCGCGACGGGUCCCACCACUCUGGCAGCUCCGGAGCGGCCCGAAAAGUCAUGGAUUUCUUCCGCAGACGGGCCAAGUCUCGCGCUGGCGAUGACCGUUGA